AUGAAUCGAUUCCUAUCAAGCAACCGAGAAAGUGAAAGUAGUGAUACUUCACUCAAAUCGAGCCAGCUAGUCUUUUCAUCUAGUAUCCCUGAAGCCCUCACCUUUGACAGGAUUUUGAGUGGUGGAACUUGUCCACCAUGUACUAUUCAUGACUUUAUGAAUUACCUACUCUAUAUCGAGCAUUCGGCAGAGAACCUACAAUUCUACCUUUGGUACCGCGAUUACAUAAAGCGGUUUGACGAAGCCGACACUGUAGACACGAAUCUCUCCCCAGAAUGGACACAAGCAAUGGAGGGCGAGGCGAGGGCCAAGAUCCAAAAGGACGUCAGACGAGAGCCGAAAGAAGCCGAUAUGUUAAAGGGUACUGACUUGGAGAAGGGGGUAAUAGAUGUAAUAAUAGAAAAUGGUGACCCCUUUUCGACACCCCCUUCUACGCCUAGUAUGAGUAUAACCCCUUCCUUUCUAUCGGAUUCCCAGGCCUCUAGUUACCGUUUGCAAUCCCGAGAUGCUUUUAGUGCUGCUGGUGCUAUACAACCAUUCACUAUCCAACCCUUCAGAGCAGAGAUCAAUCGCUUAAUCGCAAUUUAUAUCUCAGACGACGCCCCGAGACAACUUAAUCUCUCGAGCCGAGAACAAAAGGGUGUCAUCCAAGCCCUCGCAUACACAACGCACCCGUCAGCAUUCCGGACCAUCGCUAAAAGCAUAGAGGACACGCUCCGACGCCAGGCGCACCCGAACUUCAUCCGCUGGACCAUCUCUAACGGCAACCCAGCACGAGUAGCCUUCGCGCGAAGCCUAAGCGUCGGUACGAUCUUCUGCACCACAACAGGCGCUAUAAUCCUCACUCUGAGUUCCGCAGCGCGAGGCUGGCGCGCGCUCUUCGCCAUCGGUUGGGUCCUAGGCAUCGCGGCGCUAAUUACGUCAUGGAAAGGGAUGUGUGUGAUCCUACACGGGCUACAUCGCCGACACGUGCGGCCGUGGGAGCUCAUCGACUCCGCCGCAUCGUGCGACGAGUCUGAACUAUGCGAUCGGAGUAGAGACGCGGGAGAAGACCGGAACUUUGACUCGUUUAGCUCUAGUAAUAGCUAUAAAGACGAGCCGUGGGUGGCGCGGUACGAGCGCCGCGGACUGCUGCGGAAGGUGUUCGAUCGUGAGGUCUGGAUCCAGGAGCCGGCGCUUAGGCACAUACAAGACGUCAUUUUUGUGCAGGCGCUGCUUGGUGCUCUGUUAGGUGCUGGCGUGCUGACGGCUGUGUUUGUGAAUGUGCCUGCUGGGAGGUUCUUCUGA